UCCUAGUGAAGUUUACCUCAGUGGAGUGUGUUUUCUUUAUCAGAGUCCUCCUGCGGACACACAUGCACACUGCAACUCAGGUGUUGGCGGAUUGGAUGUGUGUAAAAUAAUAAACUUCAGGUGAGAAAGAGGACCCUAAUGCAGAAAUGAGUGACCAUCUCCUCAACCCACUGACCGUCAUAUGUGCGGGAUCCUGCUUCGCCUUCUCUGGCCUGUUUUAUAAACUAUAUUCAGAUAAAAGACAAGAAGUGCAGAAGCUGAAGGAGAUUCCAAACUUUCAAGCAGACCAUCACCUGCUCAGGAUUCUCAAUGCGUCGUCCAACAAGAGACUUCAUUAUGUUGCCGUAGAAGGAUUGGUGCAGGCCAUCGGAGAGCCCAUUUCCAGCCAGUUCGUUCCACGCUGUCAUGGUGUCAUCCAAAAGAUUACUGUGCACGAGCACUGGAAAUACUGGAACUCUGCUCUAAAAACAUGGGUCUCCAAAAAAGUGAACAAGCAGCAGACCACCAACACCGUGCCCUUCAGUUUGGUCCAGCCCGGCGCAUACAUCAGCGAGGUCUCGGUGCGCGUGGAUUCUCCGCUGGAGGCGAGCGGCGAUUACCUGGAGCAGGUGCACAAGCGGCUCAGACAAGCCAAAGAGGGGCUGAUGGACGCAGUCGUGCGAGAGCUGAGCGGGGAGAAGCCUGUGGCCCUAGAGGAGCGAGAGGAGCUGCUGCAUGUGGGAUCGGCCCUCACCGCAUUCGGGGAGCUGGUUCUGGAGCAGGACAAGAUCAUGAGGCUACAGCCGCCCAAAGACGGCCGCAGCUACGUCCUGAUCCCCGGUGAUUACAAGAGCUUCAUACAGCGGCGCGAGAACAGCGCUAACAUGUGGAAAGGCUUGACGGCGCUGUUCGGAAUAACGGGGUUUGCGCUCGUAGCUGGUUUCAUCCACGGUGCUGUUAAUCAGGAUAAAAAGAACUAGCUGACUGAGUCAUGAUAGUUUUUGAAUAAGAUAAUUAACUUUGUGUCAUAAAUCAUGGGCAUGAAAACAGCUAUGUAUAAUUUUGCCAAUGAAAAUAUUUUUCAAGCCUUGUACACUUUAAGGGAUCCAAACUGUCUUUAUAUCUGCGUUUCAUUUUUUAUGAAUCCAAAAUAAUAUCAGCUCCAUUCUGCUUGACUAAUUUACCAAUAUUAAAAGUCAUUCAUAACUCUUGUGUUCAUGUCGACUUCACUUUAAUUCUGUUGUGGUCUUUCAGUCAAGGUUCACAAAAAAAAACAAAUGGUAUCUCAAAAUGAAUAUUCCAGACAUUCAUAACCAAGUAACCUAUAUAAAUCAUUUAUUAUCAAAAGGGUCUGUAUGUCAUAAAUUAAGAUGUUUAAGACGAGUGACAGACAAAGGUUUAAAGGGUCGCAAUAGGUCUUUCCCUUGCUUUACUUUUAUAAGUAUGGACAUGUUAUUUUAUAGUCAUAGAAUGUUAUUUUGAAACAAGUAUUUUUCUUAUCUAUAAAAUUCAAUGGGGUUCAAUGUUGUUUGUCCUUCAGAAUAUCAUUUUUGUGUUCCGUAGGAGAAAUGCACAUUUGGAACAUGACGGUAAAUUAAAGGUGCUGUAUGUAAUUAUUUUGACUGUACUAAAGCAUAAAAUACCAUAAUAUAUUUGUAGAUAUUUAGGAAACGUUAAGUUCUCUGAAAACAAUGCUACAGGCAGCUAUUCUACUUCGAAAUGUGCGUUCCAUGUCAGAAUGUCUGUUUUUGUUUUGGUCUGUGACUCCGCCCACUGCCAGUUUAACCAAUAGUAUUUGACACCUAGGGUUGCCAGUUGUAGCCAUGGAAGCCUGCAAACAAACUGAUUCAGAGAUUGCAGAUUCUAUCCAACAUAAAAAGCCUCUGCAUCCAUUUAAUAAGCUCUAUGACCAGGGAAAUAUUAAAAAACA